GAAGCGAGUCUGUGCUUUCAGUCCGGGAUCAAUCGCUCAGUCAUGGCGACCGGGAGGGCGGAAUACCGCAGCGCUUCCCGCGUAUAACCAGCGAUAUAUCGACAAAUCGCGGAUUCAGUUCGUGCACAGCAGCUUAUACUCACGGAAUAUCGUUUUUAAUACGCGCAAAUCACGGACUUAAAUCGCAUUCUUCCAGAAGAACGGUGUGUUUGUGUCAGUAUGGUGGAGCCAGAGGAGCGUCCCUCAGCGGCAGGUCAGAGACUCGGAGCUCCAGACAGUAUGGGCAUCAGCACUCUUGAGCCCGGUCGCCGGCCCCCCAUCAUGACCCCUGGCAGACACAUGUCCAUCCGCGUUCAGAUGCUGGACGAUACUCAGGAGGUCUUCGAUGUGUCGCAACGUGCACAAGGGAAGAUUCUGUUUGAUCUGGUGUGUACUCAUCUGAAUCUCAUCGAGGGAGAUUACUUUGGUUUGGAGUUUCAGGAUCACCGCAAAAUGAUGGUUUGGUUGGAUCUGCUGAAGCCGAUUCUAAAGCAAAUCAGACGGCCCAAGAACACAAUCCUGCGAUUCGUGGUGAAGUUUUUUCCUCCAGAUCACACGCAGCUGUUAGAAGAACACACCAGGUAUCUUUUUGCCCUGCAGAUCAAACACGAUCUGGCUUGUGGCCACUUGACCUGCAACGAGAGCAGCGCCGCCCUGCUGGUGUCAAACAUAGUGCAGUCUGAGAUUGGAGAUUUUGAUGAGGUUCAGUGUAAACAACAUCUGCUUAACAACAAGUACAUUCCAGAUCAGGACGCUCUGAUGGACAGAAUCAUGGAAUAUCAUCAGAAGCACGUCGGACAGACGCCGGCUGACUCGGAUCAUCAUCUCCUGGAGAUCGGCAGAAGACUGGAGAUGUAUGGAGUUCGUCUUCAUUCGGCUAAAGACCGAGAGGGCACUAAACUCAACCUCGCUGUGGCUCAUUCUGGUAUCCUGGUCUUUCAGGGCCACACCAAAAUCAAUUCCUUCAACUGGUCUAAAGUCCGCAAGCUGAGCUUCAAACGCAAACGCUUUCUCAUAAAACUACGACCCGACUUAAACAGUAACUGUCAGGACACUCUUGAGUUUAUGAUGGGAAGCAGAGACUGCUGUAAAGUCUUCUGGAAGAUCUGUGUGGAAUAUCACGCCUUCUUCCGACUCUUUGAAGAGCCUAAACCCAAACCCAAGCCCGUUCUCUUCACCAGGGGUUCCUCCUUCAGAUUCAGUGGUCGCACACAACGGCAGGUGAUUGAUUAUGUAAAAGACUCAGAAUUCAAGAAGAUUCCAUUUGAAAGAAAACACAGUAAAAUCCAGUCCAACAGCGGCCUUCCUUCAUUUCCACCCAAGCUGUGUGCUGAUGAUCAUGGAGAGAGGAAUGCCAGUACUUCAGGUCAACAGGUGGACUCACCUCACCGCAAUCAAGUGACCGUGGAGAACCCGUCUCUCCAGCGCUAUGCGGGGAGCCCAACUUCACAAAGCAACGGAUGUCGGAACGGGACCCACGACGAGGCGGAUGCUCGAUUCAAGCCGUCCCCAUCCAAGCAUCAGGCCGAGCAGCUGAGCACAGGUCCUGUGAGCAGCAGCGAGUCUCCAUCGGCCAUCAGGGUGAUGGUGAACGGACAGAAACAGAGUCUCAGCCUCGGUCACAGUCCAGAUGGACGACAGCCGUCUCCUCUCACCAGCCCGUUACUGACCGACGGAGGAUUCGUCCGCACGGACGACGAGGACGAGGUUCGCAGGAAGCGCUUCCCCACAGAUAAAGCUUACUUCAUCGCCAAAGAGCUUCUGACCACAGAGAGGACGUAUCUGAAGGAUCUGGAGGUCAUCACUGUGCACUUUCAGAAGUAUGUGGGGAGAGAUGAAGCCAUGCCACAGUCAUUGAGGAAUCUCAUAUUUGCCAACUUUGAACCCGUCUACAAAUUCCACGAGAACUUCCUGAAGGACAUGGAGCAGAGACUGGCACAGUGGGAAGGAAGAUCGAACGCACACAUUAAAGGAGAUUACCAGCGUGUCGGAGACGUAAUGCUGAAGAAUAUUCAGGGUCUGAAGCUGCUGACGGCUCAUCUUCAGAAGCAUUCUGAGGCGUUACUGGAGCUGGAGAAGACGUGUCGCUCCUCCCGCAAGCUGGAGGUUCUGUGUCGAGACUUUGAGCUUCAGAAGGUUUGUUAUCUGCCGCUCAACAUCAUCUUCCUGCGACCGCUGCAUCGCCUCAUGCAUUACAAACAGAUCCUGGAGCGGCUGUGUAAACAUUAUCCACCCACACACGACGACUUCAGAGACUCACGAGCCGCGCUCGCAGACGUCUCCGAGACGGUCGCGCAGCUUCAGGGGACCCUCGUCAAGAUGGAAAACUUCCAGAAACUUCUCGAGCUGAAGAAAGAUCUCAUUGGCAUCCAGAAUCUUGCCGUUCCCGGAAGGGAGUUCAUCAGGUUGGGAUGUCUGAGUAAACUCUCUGGUAAAGGUCUUCAGCAGAGAAUGUUCUUUCUGUUCAAUGAUGUUCUGAUGUACACGAGUCGAGGCAUGACGUCCUCAAAUCAGUUCAAGAUUCACGGGCAGCUUCCUCUCUAUGGAAUGACAAUCCGUGAGAGCGAGGAGGAGUGGGGUGUUCCUCAUUCCUUCACUCUUUUUGGACAGCGUCAGUCUGUUGUCGUGGCCGCAAGUUCCAAAUCAGAGAUGGAGAAGUGGUUGGAGGACAUUAAGAUGGCCGUUGAACUGUCAGACGGCUGUAACGGAUCUUCAGCCGAGAUUCUCUCCAGCAGUUUUACUGACACCAAAUGCCCUGACGAGUCUAGCGCAGAUCAGGAAUCCGAGGACGAUCUGAGCUCUUCAAGAACUUCUCUGGAGCGACAGGCACCUCACCGUGGUAACACCACGGUUCACGUGUGCUGGCAUCGUAACACCAGCGUGUCUAUGGUGGAUUUUAGCGUAGCUUUAGAGAAUCAGUUGUCUGGAAAUCUGCUCAGAAAGUUUAAAAACAGCAACGGAUGGCAGAAACUCUGGGUGGUUUUCACCAACUUCAGUCUGUUCUUCUACAAAACACAUCAGGAUGAAUAUCCUCUCGCCAGCCUUCCGUUGCUGGGAUACUCCAUCACCAUUCCUUCGGAAUCUGAGAACAUUCACAAAGAUUACGUCUUCAAGCUUCAUUUCAAAUCGCACGUGUACUACUUCAGAUCAGAGAGCGAGUACACAUUUGAGAGGUGGAUGGAGGUGAUUCGCAGUGCCACCUGCUCGUCCAGCCACACGCGCACCAUCCGCAAAGAACCACACAUCUACUGACCAGCGAGAGAGAGAGAGAGCAAGCGAGAGAGAGAGAGCGCGAGCGAGAGAGCGAGCGAGAGAGAGAGAGCGCGAGCGAGAGAGCGAGGGAGAGAGAGAGCGAGGGAGAGAGAGCGAGAGAGAGAGCGAGAGAGAGAGAGAGCGAGAGAGAGAUGACACACACAAACACACCGCCCGUAACACACACACACACACACACACACACACACACACACAACGGGCAGAAACAUCAGGUUCUCAAUCAGGUUCUUACAAGAUGUAUCUUAUUACAGCAGAAACGGUUUUGUGUGCUACGUUCUUGCUUCACUUUAUCAAAAGAUUCAGUAGACUUCGAAUGGGUUGGAGUGUAAAGUGACGUCAUAAAAUAACAGAAUAAAGGUUCGCGUCAAUGCCAAGCUCCAAAAUUUGACAACGGAGGUGUAAGCAUCAUCAGGUCAAAAUGAAACGCUUCCGUUUUUUUUUUCAUCUACAGAAGAUAAACUGUCCUAGCAAAGACACCAUGGGUCACAUUUGUGAAUGACAAUUUUAUUAAGGCCAGUCGAAAGUCGAAAACCAAUGCGUCAAUUUACUGUAUGUAGGAGUUUGUGAAUGAAAUACGACAUGUAAAAAUGCUUUUAUAGACUUUUUACACCAAAAGAUUAGACGGAGAAACUUUUCUGAGAAGCCAGGUCGGAUGUUUAAUGUAUAAGAAUAAACCCUUCCAUCUGUGUUUUGGUUUGAAUCUCAUGGAACAUGAGUACAUUUUAUUCCAAAACUAUUUAAUAAAUAUGACAUUUCUGUGACAAUUAAGCACAUUUACCCUCUAGUGGAAAAAUACCCACUACAGGAAUGCAAAAAAUGUAAUAUACAGUUGUAUGCACAAUGGUAAUAGUUGUUAUAAAUCAAUAAAAAACACUCCGAACAGAUGAGAUUUUUUAUAGCACUGCAAUCAGAAUUGUGAAUGUGCUUAAUUGUCUGAAAGUGUAAAAAAACCUUUGUUCCGUAAAUGGGGUUCUGCGUUAUAUGCAAAGUAUAAUAUCUUAUUUGCGUUUGACUUUGGGGUGAAGUGAAUGACACGUGAAAUGAACCCGCAUCAACAGACGGAUGUCUAUGCAGUCUGGAUUUGUACUGUUUUAAGAAAAGUUUCUCUGCAGGCAUGAGACUGACAGACAGACGCUGCCUUUCUACAUUUAUUUCUUUUUCCAGGACGUGAUUUUGAUACGAUUUUGAUACUGAACUGUGAAUCACUCCUCAGUGGUUUUGUGAUCUGUGAGUAGGUGGUCAUCAUUCUGUCAUGGUGCAGAAGAUUUUCUGACGGAUCCCAGCUGCCUUUGUCUAACUGGUCCAGUGCCAAACACGUUCACAUUUUGUUUCUCUUGAGAAUCUUUGUAUCUUUUUUACGUUAUUGAUGCAUUUUGGAGCAUUUUAUUCUCUUUUCUUUAUUAAUACAGCUAUAAAAGAACAUGCAUUGUCAGCAAAAAAUGUUUGAUGGUAAUUGAAUAUCUUCAGAAUAAAUUCAUAUAUAUGUA